AUGGAACCCUCUGUCGACCUUGUCAUCCUGUUCAAGGCUCAAACGGGACCACCGCUCAACAAACAACACGCCCGUGAUGAAGCUACCCAGGCUCAGGAGCAAUAUUCGCGUCUGCUUUCUGUUCUGACCGCAGGUGGCCUCAAGGCUGCAGGCCGCAGCGGGAAAGAUCAAUCCCAGCUUUUGGUCUUCAUUCAAUGCUCAGAGUCUCAGCUCUCACGUCUCGUACAUCGUGAACGACACUCAGAUUUUGUCUUUGGCGUCACGACGUCAGCGCUGCCAGAUGCGGCGCAUGCCCUCGAUCUAUCAACCCUGACUCCUGCAGAACGCCUCCGCCUCGUUUACACGUACGUCACGGCCACGCCCGCAGAUGGCGGACUUGGUAUCGCUCCCGAGGCAAAAGAUUGGUCAAGGGUCGAGUCCAUCAUGGCCUUGCACGAUCCAGACUUCAACGAUAACUGGAUCAAGUCGUUGUCAAAGACUAGGACCAUACGCUGGCAGCAUCUCGACACUAUCCGAAGCGAGUUUGGCGAAAAUGUCGCGUUCUACUUUGCUUUUCUAGUCUCUUAUACGCAAUUCCUACUACCGAUCGCGCUCUUUGGAGGACUCUUCUUCUAUCUGGGCUUACCCUAUUCUCCGAUCUACUCUUCUGCACUCGUACUUUGGACCACAGUAUUCGUUGAGACAUGGCGCAUUCGCGAAAGGAUCUUCGCCGUCCGCUGGAAUACCCUUGGGUCUUUCCGCGUCGAGAAGCGCCGUGCAAGUUACGUCGAUGGGACCCGCUGGUGGCAACGAGAACUCAGGACACUGGCAAGCGUACCCGUCAUCCUGCUCUUCGCCGGCGGCCUUUUCGCACUUCUCACGGCUAUGUUCGUUUUUGAGGCCUUCGUCACAACGCUGUAUACUGGACCCGGCCACGAAUACAUUGGUUUCGCCCCGACAGUGCUCUUCAUAGCCCUAGUCCCGCGCUUCCUCGCCUUCUACCAGAAAUUUGCUGUCCGCCUCACCAACUACGAAAACCACCGACACUACUCUUCCCACGAGUCCUCUCUCACGAUCAAGACCUUUGCGCUUUCGGCGAUCGUCGCGUACCUCGGUCUCGCACUUUCCGCAUUCGUCUACGUCCCGUUCGGCGCUAGCAUCAUGGCUUACGUGCAACAAGCUCUGGACGCGCACAACGGGAAUGGCAAAUACGUGCUGUUCGAUACGGCAGCGGCAGCGCCGGAGAAGCUUAACACCGCACGGCUGCAGAACCAGAUGUUCGCGUAUACGGUCACGAACCAGAUCAUCGGGUUCUUCCUUGAGAACGUCCUUCCAUUCGUACAGCGUUUCGUAUCAGCCAAGACGAGCGGUGGUGCACUGAAGAAUGGGAGCAAAGCAUCCAAGAAACGCGUGGGUUUUGAGGACGAGGCGCCGCGCGUGGGCGCUGAGCGCAACUUCCUUGAGCGUGUCCGUCGGGAGGCUGCAUUGCCGGAGUACGAUGCGCUGACUGACUAUGCGGAGAUGGCGACCCAGUUUGGGUACGUCGCGCUUUGGAGCACUAUCUGGCCACUUGCGGGCGCCAGUGCAUGGGCAAACAACAUCAUCGAGGUCCGCUCGGACGCAUUUAAGAUUGUGUCGCAUUGUCGUCGUCCUCUGCCCCGCCGCACGGAUACCAUCGGUCCUUGGCUCGCCUGUCUCGAGGCGAUGGCGUGGACUGGUGCGCUCAGCAACGCCGCGCUGGUGUAUCUGUUCCGUCCUACCGCCGCCGCGAAGGUCGACACUGCUCUCAGCGAGGACACGGAGGCGACAGCACCAACCGGACCCACUCAGCGCGCGAUCACUGCUGCUCUUAUCGCACUCGGUGCCAGUCAUGGCUUCCUUAUCCUCCGCGCGGUUGUGCGCCAUAUCCUCGUUCGUCUGCUCUGGCGCGGUAGCAAGGAAGAGCAACGCGUCGAUGAGGCGGAUCGGGAGGUCAAGGAGAAGUACCUCGACAGUGUCGACUUCGAGAAGCCUGUGGAUGGCGCCGUCCCCGUUGCUAAUGGUGGGGCUGAUGCGGACUUCUGGGGCUACGAUGAAGGGCAACGAGAAAUUCUGCAGGCGCUGAAGGACGCAAGCGGACAAACGAACGAACGAUGUAAAGACUCAGAUGUAUCCAUACGGAUUUGA